UCUAUUUAAGACCUUCGCGCUCGCUCCGAACUACCACUCGCUCGCUCGCCGCCGCCAUGAAGUCCAUUUGCCUGCUGCCUUUCGUGCUCGCCUCCGUCAUGGGGGGCACCACCCUCCUGGCGACACCUUAUGCCGUAGCUCCCGCCGUAGCCCCCGCCGCCGUGGCCUACUCCAACGUGAACCUGAACGUGCCCGCGCCCGUGCCCGCCGGCGAGGCUCCCGCCCCCGAGCUCCUGGUCCAGCGCACGCCCGUCAAGGCCCUCGGCCGCCCCGUCAUCUCCUACACUCCCCAGGUCACCGAGGUUCGCCCCGAACUCAAGAUCAUCGAGAAGACCUACGACGUGGCCGUGCCCAAGCCCGUCUACGAGACCAAGGAAGUCACCCCCAUCCAGCACAAGUACGUGCCUGAGCCCUACGCCGUGCCCCAGCCCUACGCCGUGCACCAGCCCAUCGCCGUGCCACAGCCCUACGCCGUGCCCGUGCCCGUGCACGAGCAGGUCCACGUACAGCACCACGUUGCCGCCGCCCCCGCCGCCGUCACCUACGGCGCUGCCCACGGUGUUGUUGCCCAAGGUGCUGUCCUCGGCGCUGCCCACGGUGUUGUUGCCCAAGGUGCUGUCGUCGGCGCUCACCCCGUCACCUACGGAGCUACCCACGGUGCUGUCAUCGGCACCCCUCUUACCUACGGCGCCACCCACGCCGUUGUGGUCAAGAAGGAUUAGGCGAGCGUGACCCGAGAGAUCGAGCGACGAAGGAAGCAAGGACCUGCGCAGAGAGGUGCUGCUUAGCCCACACGAGGGAAUUUCAGCGCAGUCUCUUCCAGGUUCGAACUUGGACGUUAUGUGGUGAUUCUUUUUCCUCUAAAAGUAUUUCAGAAAAUCAAAAUAAACUCAAAAGUAUCUUCCA